GAGGUAAUGGAAGGAUGAGUAUAUAAGUACUGUCGGUGUUACCAUGGAAAGAGACAUCAUCCAUCCAGAGCCUCAGCCUCAUCCAACUCUCACGACACUCGUUUUACAUACCAACUAAUAUACACUCUUUCCGAGAACUUUUAAUUCUUUCAAGAUGCGUUUCAACUACUUCCUCGCCGCUGCCGCUGUUGCGAACGCCGCCGUUAUUCCCCAAAUCCCCCAGACCAAGGACACGGUCAAGGAUGUCACCUCUGGUGUCAAGUCAACCGUCGACGGCGUCACUCUCCCCAAGGUCAACGCCCACGUCGCUGUCGGUCUAGGACGACGAGUAAACACAGGCGCCAAGGUCAACCUCGAGGGCGUCACAUACGACAACGUUAACGUCACCGUUGACAAGGGCAUCAACCCCAAGGUCGGCGCCAGCGUAGGCCGCCGCGCCGAUGCCAACGUUGAUGCUAAGGUCAACGCUUUGGGUCCCUUCACUGCUGAUGCUGCUGUCGGCGCCUCUCUCAACAAGCGUCUCGACGCAGAACUUGAGGCAGCAAUCGACGCUAAGCUCGAGGCUCUCGGUGUUUCUGCCGAUGCCUCCGUCGAAGUCAAGCUCCAGGCUCUUGGUCUCUCCGUCGAUGCCUCAGUUGAGGCCAAGCUUAAUGCUCUCGGUCUUUCUGUCGAUGCCGAUGUUGAUGCUAAGGUCAACGCGCGCCAAACGAUCCCUAACGUCAACGUCCCCAAGGUCGACGGCCUUGUUGGCGGUGUCACCUCCGGUGCCACCAACGGUGUCAAGUCCACUGUCGACGAUGUCAAGGACAUUGAUGUCGAUGCUGAGGUCGACCUCGACACGCGCCAACUCCCCAGUGUUGAUGGCCUCGUUGGUAACGUCAAGGAUGGUGUCAACGGCGUCAAGGACGGUGUUACCUCUACUGUCAACGACGUCAAGAACAUCGAUGCUCACGCCGAUGCUCUCGACAAGUCUGUUGAUGCUGCUCUGACCAGGCGCCAGCUCCCCGACGUCAACGGUCUCGUUGGCGGUGUUGAGGGUGCCGUUCCUGGCCUCAAGUCUGUCGAGGAUGCCGCUACCCCUAUCGUCGACGGUGUCAGGGACAACGUCGUUGGUGGUGUUACCGGUGUUGUCUCCCCUAUCGUGAACGACGUCAAGGACGGUGUCACCUCUGCUGUCACUCCCAUUGUCAACGGCGUCACCGGUGCUGUUGACCCUAUUGUCAAGCCCGUCAAGGACGCUGCUACUGGUGCCGUUAAGGGUGUCGAGGGUGCCGUCGCCCCUGUUGUCAGCAACGUUCAGGGCGCUGUUGACCCCGUUGUUAACGGCGCUAAGGGUGCCGUUGAGCCUGCCGUCAAGAACGUCACCGACGGUGCUCUCCCUGUUGUCAACAACCUCAAGGAUGGCGUCACCUCUGGUGUCGGCUCUACCGGCCUCUAAGCAACAAUGACGACCAUGCCACGCGAUCUUGCCAGCGUCCAUAGCUAGACUGUUACCUGUAUAUCUUAAUCUAUAUUAUACCCUCAUCGAAAUACUACAUUAUAUUGCUACUAUAAAGCUGCUCCCCGUGCGUCUCCGACAAUGCAUUGCCUUCUCCCACUGUCCAUUUGAUGGCUUGUUC